AUACUCGUCCAUUUCGUUCCCCACUAGCCUGGCGCAUAGGCAGCCAUGUUCCAAAUUUAAAUUUUUAAUUCCCAAAAUUAAUUCUAAGCGAUUUUUCUUUUAUUUCAAAUAGUUUAGAUAUAAUUAAAGUUGUUUUUUCUAUAAACAUGAGUCUGUAUAACUUUAUUUUGCGUCUUUUCGUGUAUGUAGUUGUAGUGUGUCCUGUUAUAGUGUUUGCGCACGCGCAUGAUAAAAGCUAUGUGACACAUGGACAAGGUCAUAAUGCCCACGUACAUAUAAAAGAGCCUCCCUGUUCCACGUGCCCUCGCCACGGGCACUGUGUACCCAAGGUGCAGUGUCCAGCUCACGUGCGGAGCGGUUCCUAUAACCCAGCCUGUCAUCUGGAUGGAGUGGUCGGCGUCUGCUGCUUUACUGGAAGGAGUCAUGCAACGGAGUCGGAGCAUCGUUCCCGUGCAUCCACAGCUAUCAAUAUUGAAGACGUCAAGGUUUCCCAUCGCCAGUCUCGAUUGAAGCUGGAAGACUGGGUGAUGACGGCCGCUGAGCAGCUCCAGCAUUCAAUGAUGACCGUCACCAACUCCACUUCUCCAAGUUUUGGACAUCAUCUGUCCGUAGUAUCACACGAUGCACGCGCCGCCUCACUCGGCCGCGGCGGUUUACUGAACUUAUUCGCUGCGCAGGAGUUGAAGGCGCGCCAGGCCAUCUCCGAGGAUGACCUGCUUUUGGGUCUCACUGAAAAUACUGAUGGUCCAUUCUGCCCACCACAGCCGACCUGUGUAGCUCCGAACCGCUACCGGAGUAUCGGAGGAGAGUGCAACAACCCUACCUCCUCCACCUGGGGAGCUGUCCUCACCGGCUACGAGAGGCUUCUACCUCCUGAUUAUAGUGAUGGUACCUGGGCAAUAAGAACAGCAAAGUCUGGUGCUCCACUUCCAAGUGCGAGGACAGUGAGCAGCGCCCUGGUGCUGGAGGGCAGCCACCCCCACCCCACCCACAACCUGAUGUUCAUGCAGUUUGGCCAGUUCAUCGCUCAUGACAUCAGCGCUGGAGUUAUUUUUACUGCAGAUAAUGGAACUGCGAUCUCAUGCUGCAUGAACGACGGUGAAGACUUCCUACCUCCAGAGCUGACGCACUUCGCCUGCGCUCCCAUAGCCAUAGACGCUGACGAUCAGUUCUACGGCCAGUUUAGGAGGAAGUGCAUCAAUUUCGUCAGGACACAGAUCGCACCAGCUCAUGAUUGCUCAGUGGGUUAUGCGAAACAGAUGAAUGGAGCAACUCACUACCCAGACCUCUCCCACCUGUAUGGCAGUACAGAAGAGAAGCUAUCUUCUCUAAGAGACGCUGGUGGUCUACUGAAGGUCUUCAACGACUAUGGAAGGGAUCUACCACCUCUUACAGAGAGGAAGGAGUGUCUGUCUGCUAAGGAAGGUGCUGCUUGCUUCGAAUCAGGAGACAAUCAUGGAAACCAGAUCAUAUCGUUAACAGUUCUACACACAAUCUUCACAAGAGAACACAAUCGUGUAGCUCGUGCUCUGUCGGCCCUCAACCCAACCUGGGAUGAAGAUAGAGUCUUCUGGGAAACCAGAAGGAUACUCCAGGCGGAGUUCCAGCACAUGAUCUAUAAUGAAUGGCUGCCUUUACUGCUCGGUCCUCAAACCAUCAAAACGUUUGCUCUCUCACCAUCUGAGGGCUACUCCUCAUCAUACGACCCUCAGGCCAACCCAUCAAUAUCAGCUGAAUUCUCCACUGCCGCCAUGAGAUUUGGACAUUCCGUGGUUGAUGGUAGGAUUACGAUCCCGAGUCCAAACAUGGGUGGAAUUUACGAAACUAUAUCGAUCCAGGAGUUGAUGUUCCAACCGACGAGGAUGAGGCUCCGGCACUUCUUGGACAGGCUGCUCAUUGGUCUGUCGACACAGCCAAUGCAGAUAGUGGAUCCUUACGUUACUGAGGGGCUCUCUCGUUACAUGUUCCAUGGUGGUAACCCAUAUGGUGUGGACCUAGCAGCCAUCAACAUCCAACGAGGUCGAGACCAUGGAGUCCAGUCAUAUAAUCAGUACAGAAAACUGAUCGGACUGGACAUCUUUACUGACUUCCAACAGUUUCCACCAAAUGCAGCAAAACGUCUAAUAACAGUAUAUGAGAACCCAGAUGACAUAGAUCUUUGGGUCGGUGGGCUAUUAGAGGAGCCAGUGGAAGGGGCCAUCAUAGGACCCACCUUCGCAAACAUCAUAGCUGACCAAUUCGCCAGGCACAAGCACGGGGACAGAUACUUCUAUGAACACGGACCUGAUGUUAACCCGGGAGCUUUCACGCCUAGUCAGCUAGAAGAAAUAAAGAAGGUCACAUUAGCCCGCCUCAUAUGUGACAACCGGGAUGGUAUAGAGCUGGUAUCACAGCCUCCUCAAGCAUUCCUCCGAGCUGAUCUCCCGGGGAACGAACCUGUACCAUGCGAUAGUACCAUUAUACCUUCUAUGGAUUUGAGCAAGUUCAAGGAAGACUAAACCUUAAUGCUUAUAGUGAUAAAAUCUAUAGUUAAAUGUUAUAUAAGUUGCUUGGAGGUUUCAAAUGGUUUGGACUCUCGUUUAGUUUUUAAAAUGUGUGCGUCAAGAACUAAAAACUACCUAUGUACCUUAAUAGUAUUAAAACAGGGUCCAGAUUAAGUAAACAUGGUUCCAAUCAUCUGGUGUGUAGAUAUAGCAGAUCUUAGGAGAAGUUAUUUUUUUUUAUUUUCUUUUUUUAUGUAUGUUUUCUACAAUACCUAAGAUUUGGAACUUGAAUACUAUCUGUACCCUUGGUAUCGAAACGAGAGCGUGUUCGGCGCUCUGAUUGGUUGGUUUAUUCGAGCUGACCAAUCAGAGCACAGAACGCGCUCUUGUUUCGAUUACUUUAAACGUAAAGCAAACUCGUACUAAGGUCCUGUUAAAUUAUUGUUUAAAAUAAUACAAAAUUAAGAAUAUUUUUUCUAUUAUCACAAUCGGAAUGUUAAAAUUACAGGUAAGUCACAAAUUUUGGAUUAAGUUGAAUGAUAUUUUCUUUUAUUUCUCUCUUAUUUUUCAUAUAUUUUUGGCAUGUUUCUUUGAAAUUCGCAUCUCAACAAGACCAUUGCUGUUUAGCUCUAUCAACGAAUUGAUUUAAAUUGUCUACAUAGAUUAUAUAGUAUUAUGUGUACACUGAAACUUCCUACAAAUAUGAUUUUACAAUGAAUUGAUUAUGUCACAAUCAUGGCCACUGAUUUUCUACUACAUAAUUAUUAUGCAUGUCCAUUAAAUUUUUAUUUCAAUCAAAAACACACAUUUUGUGACAAAAUCAACAUUUUUGUAAAUAGAACUUUGAUUUAUGUGAGUUGAUUUUUUUGACAGAUACGCCAUUUCUGUUGUAUUUUUUACGUUUUGCA